AAGCAUAAGCGUGGAACUGUGGUGUGUAGUGACACUUGUUAUGUGCACGUGAAUAUUUUACAGCAAAUAUAAUUGUUGUUUAUCGCAUCUUUGAAAGUUGAAAGAAUUAUAAGAAAUGGUAAAUGUUCUGAAAGGAAUUCUUGUAGAAUGUGAUGCGGCUAUGAAACAAUUCCUUCUACAUUUAGAUGAAACACUUGCUUUAGGAAGAAAGUUUAUAAUUCAAGAUCUGGACGAAAGGCAUUUAUUUAUAUCCAUUGAUAUUUUAGAAACAUUACAAGCAAAAGUGGAUGAUCUUAUGGAUCAAAUAUCAUUUCCAUUAGCUGAAAAAGGAAUAUAA